AUGGCAGCAAUGAUGAAGGAGGUCGGCUCGGACGAAGAAGAUGAUGAUGAGGACGAAGAAUCUGAAGAAGAGGAGAAGAAGAGUGAAUCUGAAGAAGAAGAGACCGAAACCGAAACUGAACAAGAAACAGAAAGUGAAACCGAAAGUGAAAGUGAACCAGAAGAUGCUCCUCUACCCAAUAAGAAAGAAAACUUGUCGAAGCGUCUGAAAAGGCACGAAUCAAGGGUGAAUGCGUUGAAGAAAGGAAACGCACUGCUAAUGGCGAACGUCGACAGACUUAAAGACGAUGUUCUUAUACAGAAAGAGCAAUCAGUGACACUUAAAAAAGAACUAGACUCACUGAUCGAUGAUCUUGAAUAAGACAUAUU